CACGUUUCAGCGGAAAUGCUUCAAACUCUUCAAAAUACAAAGUUGCACCAGAUUGUGGUGGUCCCAUUUCUCAAAUGGCCUUUAACAGGUUCUUUAGCUCAAGAAGCUGAUUUUCCUCUUCUCAAGAGAGUCGUUUUCUUCGGCUGUCGAGAGUUUAAUCGAAGAAUUUGUUCUUUUGGGCGAGCUUGGCAUUUACAAACUUUGUUGAUCGUGAAACUUAUUUAUUUGCUUGUCUUUCAGGAAUAUGUCUCCAGGUAUCACGGCCAGAAGCUUGGUCUGUUGGAACCUCACGUGUUUGCCCUCGCAGAAGCGGCCUACAGGAACCUCCGGGACAACGGUGCUAACCAGUCCUGCGUUAUCUCUGGCGAGUCCGGAGCAGGAAAGACAGAAACUACCAAAUUUAUCCUGCAAUACCUUUGCUCGGUGACGUGCGAUGUGUCGACCUGGGUGCAGCAGCAGAUCCUCGAGGCAAACACGAUACUGGAGGCGUUCGGAAAUGCCAAAACAGUCCGAAAUGACAACAGCUCCCGCUUCGGAAAGUUCAUGCAAGUCUGCUUCGACUCGAAAUGGGCCAUCCGGGGUUGUAUCAUUCAGGACUACCUGCUUGAACAGUCCCGGAUAACGUUUCAGAGCCCUGGCGAGCGGAACUACCACGUCCUGUACCAGUUGGUGGCCGAGGGCAGGAACAACAAGGAACUGGCCACGUCGCUACACCUGAAGGACUGCCCCUUCUAUCGGUAUCUCAAUUCUUCCGGGUCUUCGGACCAAGCCAUCAUGGACGUCCAGGCGGAGUCGAAAAAGUUCGAAGCACUUCGGCUGGCGUUCAACGUCCUGCAGAUCUCUCAACCGUUGAUCGACGGGAUCUUCAAGGUGCUAAGUGCCAUACUAUGGUUAGGAAAUCUGGACUUUGCCGACAUCGAUGGCGAGCGGUGUGAGCUUGCGGAAGGUGAUCGCGAGAUCGUCACCAUCGUAGCGGAUCUGCUCGGGCUGCAGGACAGCGAUCUGGAGCAGGUCUUCCUCAAACGGCAAAUCAACGUGCGCGGAAACAUCACGGAAAUCCCGCUUAAGCUGCAAGAAGCUCGCGAGAACCGACACGCCAUGGCCAAGGCCCUGUACUCGCGCACCUUUGCCUGGCUGAUCAGCCACAUCAACACGUGCAUCAACCCGGGCCAGGAUGCGUCGCUGUUCCUGGGCGUGCUGGACAUCUUCGGGUUCGAGAACUUCAACACUAACUCGUUCGAGCAGCUGUGCAUCAACUACACGAACGAGAAGUUGCACAAAUUCUUCAACCACUACGUGUUCGCACUGGAGCAAGAGAUUUACCGCCAGGAGGAGAUCAAGUUUUCGCACAUCCAGUUCACGGACAAUACCCAGUGUCUGGAGCUGAUCGAGAAGCCACCGCGGUGCAUCCUCAAGCUGCUCACGGAGCAGUGUCACAUGCCAAAGGGGUCCGAUACGGCGUAUCUGACGAAUCUGCACGCGGAAUUUGAGAGUCACGCGCGCUUUGUCAAGGGUCAGGACCGGCGUCACUGGGAGUCGGAGUUUGGUAUCCGGCAUUAUGCGGGCUGUGUGAGCUACACGGUGAAGGGGUUCGUCGACAAGAACCGGGACGUGCAGCAGGACGUGCUGUUUGAUCAUAUGAGUCGAAGUUCGAACAAUUUUGUGCAGGAGAUUGCGUCGUUUCAGGAUCUGCUGUCGAUACAGCAGGUGCAGUCGGCUUCGACGGUGGGAACGGUAUCGAGGGGUACUUCGAAGGGGAAGUUGACGGUGAGCGAUACGUUCCGACAGCAGCUGCAAGCACUGGUGGAUGUGCUGCAGAGCACGACUCCGUGGUACGUGAGGUGUAUCAAGCCAAACGCCGAGAAACUGCCAAACGACUACAAUGAUCAGCUGGUGCUGGAUCAGCUGAGGUACUUGGGAAUGCUGGACAUAAUCCGAAUUCGGCGGGAAGGUUUCCCAGUACAUUUGACGUUCGACGACUUUGUCCAGAAGUAUCAGUGUUUGGCGAAGCGAUUCCGUAACAUGACCAGUAAGGAUCAAGCACUAGCCGUCAUCCGCGAGUUGAACGUGCCAAAUACGGAGUGGCAAAUGGGCAAAACCAAAGUAUUUCUGAGGAACGUGGUGCACGAACCGCUGGAGGACGCCCGCAAGCAAAUCAACCACACGAAGGCACUGGUCAUCCAGAGCAAUUGGAAGAGGUUCGCCCAGCAGCGCAACUUCCGGAAGAUGCGAUCGGCGGCGUUGAAGAUCCAGCACGCGUACAAGGGCUGGAAGCUGCGGAUAGAGUUCCUGAAGAAACGCCGUGCAGCGAUCGUCAUUCAGAGCCAUUUGCGUGGGGUGUUUGCCCGGGAAGUGGCCACGGCCUUGCGGGAGAUGCGCCGCGUUGACGAAGAAAUGCGCAAGCGGGAACGGCUCGAAGCGGAACGGAAGGAGCGGGAAGCGGCCCAAGCGGAGGCGGACCGGAAGGCGCUGGAGGAGAGUGAGAGGGUCGCUAAGGAAGAGAUCCUCGCGCUGUCCCAGAUGGCUGAGCAGAUUAACUCGAAGCUGCACUCGCAGCAGCAGCAGCAUGCCGCUAAUAACAACAACAACAAUGCCAACCAAAUCAACAAUAACAAUAAGGGCAAGGACCGUCCGGAGGUCAAUGGAGGUGACUGCGGAGGAUCGCCGGCACCGGCCGGAAUUGCCUCGGCGAACCACGCCCACCAGCAGAGCAACGAAUCGGUCGACCUUGACAAUCUGUUCGCCUUCCUCAGCGAGGUUCAACCUAACGGGGCCAACUCGAAUGCCAUCAUUGACGAGAUCGGCGAAAAGAUGGACAACCUGGUCGAGGAUCUGGACGUGGAGCUGGAAUCGGUGAUCCAGCAGGAGAUUGAAGGUCUGACGAGUGAACGUAACAAUAAUAUUAGCGGAAAGUCGGCCAUUUUGAAUGGCGCGAACAAUAACAACAACAACACUAUGCUGGGCAAUAAGCCGACCACGCCGAAACCGAUGGGAGUACCCUCCCUUCCGGAACCGACGAUGCCGCCCCCACCGAUCCCAACGGAGAAUAACAACAGUGCACUGCCACCGCCAAGCGCGGCAUCGGUUCCAUCCUCGCUGGACCAUCAUCACAUGCGCCACAACAGAGAAGAACCCAUUUACGAAGCGGUCAUCCACCUGAAGGAGCUUCCACCGCCACCGGAAAUCCACGAAAAGGUCCCACCAGUACCGCAGCAUACGCUAUCAGCUACACAAUCUCAUUCGGCCACGCUGCAACACCAACAACAACAGCUGGCGGCUGCUCAACAACAACAGUUGCAACAACAACUCCAACAACAGCAACAACAAAGCAAUCAUGCACCCCCACCACCUCCGCACGCCCAUGGAGUGAUCCACCAACCGAUGCAGCAACCUCAGACACUGCUGGAGAACGGAACCGCUGGUCACAAGCUCAGACCGAAGAGUCCGGCCGUGAUUCGAUCGGCAAGUCCGAUACAGCGAGGCACCACCGGAGGACCCAUGAGUCCUUCUUCGCCAAAGCACAGCCGACCCAACUCGCGAGCCUCCUCGACCGGUGCCGGUCAUCCGUUUGCGGAGCGCGAGCAACGCCGAAAGUAUCGCGUCGAGAAGAAGCUCCAGGAGAUGCAACAGAUGGACAUAACGGAACGCGAGAAGGAACUGCUGCGGGAUGACGUUUACCAUGACAUUCUGGAGUUUGCCGAGAGCUACUAUAACACGCAUGAACGAUCGCCGGAAGGGACGAUCAUGGCCACACUGACGCGCAAGGGUCGCAAGUCUGUGGACAUGGUCCCGAAGUACGAGAUGAUCACGUACUAUCGUGGAAACACGAUCCCGUCGUCGCACAUCCACAUGUACGACCCGGAGAACGUGACCAUUGCGUGCAACAUCUUCAGAGAUCUCUGCAAGUACAUCCGCGGAGAGCUUAACAACGAGCGUGAGCUGCAGGUCAUCCAGUUCAUCAUUGGGCAAGGUAUCGAGCGUGAAGAACUGCGAGACGAGAUCUUCGUACAGUGUAUGCGGCAGGCAACGAACAACCCAAGUGUGGAGUGGACCGACCGUGUUUGGUUGCUGCUCUGCCUCACAAUUGUAGCAUUCCAGCCGAGCAAGCUACUGUUCCGGUACUUUUGCAGCUUCCUGAAGAAGAACCUCGAAACGCUCGAAGGUAAGCUGCGUCAGUACGUGCAGUGGUGUCUGGACAACUGCAAGAACACCAAGGUUCGCUGCCGGCAGUAUGCACCCUCCAGCGUAGAGAUUGCGGCCAUGCGUCGACUUGGUACCAUUGUGUGUCGGUUCUUCUUCCUGGAUGGACGCACCAAGGCGAUUGACGUACACCCGACGGAUACCGCUAGUGAUGCGGUAGCUAAGCUGGCGGAGAAGCUCGGUCUAUGCAAUAUUGAGGGCUGGGCGAUCUAUCAAUCGCGGCCCGAUGGCGAAGAGCACGUCAAGUCGCACGACUACCUGUACGACAUCAUAGCCGCUUGGGAAAGCAAGCAAACGAAGAUUCAUGCCGGAAGCUCGACGCUGCGAAAGAACGCGACGACACUCGGUUCGGGCGAGAACCGGUUCGUGUUCAAGAAGCGUCUGUUCAAGAGUACCCGCGAGCUGUCGCAGGAUCCGGUCGAGGUGAACAUGCUGUACGCGCAGGCCGUUUACAGUGUGGUCAAGUGCGACGAUUUCCCGGUCUCUGAGAAAGUUGCGCUCCAGCUUGCUGGAUUACAAGCCCAGGUAGCCCUGGGCGAUCCGUCAAACCAGCCCAAGCCUGAGUACUACUCGGAUGUGGCUAGUUUCUUGCCGGAGCGCAUCUCAAGUUGCCGUGAGGAGCAGUUUUGGGUGCCGAUCUUGGCCCAGGCCCACCGCCAGUACGGUUCCGGCCGUACGGAACUAACCGCUAAGGUCUUGUAUCUUUCUUGCGUGAUGCAAUAUCCAUUGUACGGUACCACCAUGUUCCCUGUAUCGUAUCGAGGCUAUUGGAGCUACGGGAAUAGCUUGAUCCUCGGCGUCAACUGCGAGGGGAUCAUUCUGAUCAAACCGGACGACAAGUUUGUGCUGUACGAGUUUCGUUACAGCGAAAUCGAGUCGAUCAUGCUAGACCCGAGCGAUAGCUUCAUUACGAUCAGUCUGAACCGCCAUACAAGCACAACGACAACCGCUGACCAGCAGCGAUGCUUCGUGUUCGAAACGUCGCAGAAGAACGAGAUCGGUUCGCUGAUCGUGUCCUACUUCCCGGCGCUCUCGAACUGGAUCACCGAAAACGAGGUGCCCCCGAAGAAAAGUAAGGGAAUCACCAAUGAAGAUCGGGUCCGGUUGCAUCACAAUGUGGUUGUAUGUCGGCGACAUCUGGUGGAUGCGGAAAUUCUGCGAAAGCCUCAAGACCCUAGCGGUGGCUUUUUGCGAAACACGCUGCGUCGACUGUCCAAGCACCGGCUGGAGAAGCUCCGUGCGGAGCACGGUCAUGGAUCGGUGCACGAUCAUGGUGAAACAUAUAAGGGCUUCCCGCACGCUUAUUGGGCGUUCAGUCGGCAAGCUCUGCCCCAGAGUCUCAGCAAGAUUCCAGACCAGGAGGAACAGGCCAUGAUACAGGUGUUCAACUCCAUUCUGACGUACGCUGGACUGGGACAAAACGGAGAAACCGUUCAACGGGCUGAAGACGAGCACAUAACUUUAAUUCAAUCCAUUAUGGAUCGCUGCAUGCGCAAGGAGUCGCUUCUGAACGAACUUUACCUGCAGUUGAUCAAGCAAACCACAGACCACCCGGAUCCAAACUCUCGUGUCAACCUGCGUCACUGGGCACUGCUCUCGCUGGCCUGUAGUGUCAUCCUGCCACCCCAGAAGGUGGUCCGUAAGUAUCUUAUCGGUCACCUGAAGCGCUGCGCUAGCGAUUUCAUCACCGAGGAGGGCAAGUACGCCCGGUUUGCGGAGAAGUGCUUCUUCAAAACGCAGGGAACGCGCCGAAGACAGUGGCCUCCAAGCCGAGAGGAAAUUGUUUGCACGAUCAACAGGCGUCCAAUCUACGCACGGUUCCACUUUAUGGACGGUCAGUACCAUUCGGUUGAGUUCCACCCAAGCUCGACUUCCCGUGAGGUUAUGGAGAUCGUCAAAAAGAAGAUCGGACUUCAGGAGAACGCACAAGGUUACGCCAUCUACGAGGUGCUGGGAGCAUCCGAGCGAAGUCUGCUGCCGGACGAGAAGGUUGCGGACGUGAUGUCCAAGUGGGAGAAGUACCGAACGGCGGCAGCUCAAGCCGUUCAGCAGAAUCAGAGCAGUUCAAAUCUGGCACCUGCUUGCCGUCGACAGCAUCACUUGUUCCUGUUCAAGAAGCAUCUGUUCUGCGAUCAGUACAUGAACUUGGACGAUCCUGUUGAGAAAGAGCUGCUGUACCAUCAGGUUCUCCACGGGUUGAGGACCGAGCGGUUCCCGAUUUCGGAAAUGGAAGCGGUCAUGCUGACUGCGCUUCAAGGUCAGUUAGAACUGGGUGACUGUUCGGAGGUGGUUCAGGACUACCGAGCUAUUGCUGCACACUGUCUUCCACCGCGGUUUGUUCCCAACAUUCCGCACGAAGGAGUGGCUAUGCACCACCAGAGUCUACGUGGCAUGACAUCGGCUGAAGCCAAGAAGUCCUUCCUGAACUUGAUUCAGAGUUGGCCCCUUCACAAAGCUACCAUCUUUGACGUGAUGCAGUCGUUUACGUCCAACUGGCCGCGGAUAUUGUGGCUUGCGGUGGACCAAAAGGGUCUCCAUCUGCUGGAGCAUCGGUCACGCAAUACGUUGUGCACGUACGAGUAUCAGUCGAUACUGUCUUUCUCGCCGAACAUGAACUGCCUGAUGAUCAUCACCGGAUCGGACAAGAAGCAGUCCAAGGUGAUUUUGACAACGGCACAGGCCUUCCAAAUUGCCAACCUCAUCCGGGAGUACAUGGAAGUGAUGAACAGCAACGCCCAGCUAAGUGAUGACUCCCAGAAGGAGAACACCAACAACGGAAACGUAACGGGAGCGGGGGCUCCGCACGUUCCACCCCACCACAAUCAGCCACUUCCACCGCCGCACGGCACCACCGUGCAACAGCCGGACUUGCGGAAGGGUCCCGGUGGAGGUCAACGGCCUCCAUCCAUGGUACUGCGACAGUCCAAUGCGGCCCUGGUAGCGCCCCAGCCCAGUUAAUUCGCGUGCGCUUGAACUCACAGUGGAUGUCGGGAGCGCAGACAAACAGGCGAAUUAUGAGAUCUGCUCUUUUUUUCGGAUUCGUUUAGAAAUUCGUUCUUAAAGGCCAAAACUAAUCACAAACUGAUUUAUUUACGUUCCUUUCACUAUUAUUCAAAUUUCGGGGGGAUGGCAACCCUAUUCCGACCAAAGCAAACUGACAACAGUCGACAUUAGCACGGUUGUCAAAUGAGAGCCCACAACAAAAGCACUAGCUGUCAAAUGGUAGCCCAUAACAAAUCAUUGUUUGGGUUUUUGAUUUUCAAAUUUCCCGCAAUUCAAACGAUAAAUACCUGAAAAAACACGUGAAUUGUGUUGCUGAUGGCAAAUUUUAUCAUAUCCUUGGAGAUUCCAUCCCAAUAUUGGCUGAAAAUUCAUAUCGAAAAAAGUGAUUUUUCUGUUUACCUUUUUUUGCUUUUUUUUCUUUUGGUCGAUCAAACAGUGCGCCCGUACACUGUGAAUCGCCAUUACACAUUUUUCAGUUUGGUUUUACACAUUUGCAUGAGACUUUUGAGUUUAACCAGGAUAACACACUUCGUGUUACCAAAGUAAUAUGAAUAAUACUGAUUCUGAGUGUUUGUUAUCUGAACUUCAAGAUGGCGGCUUCUUCGCUACCCCCUGUCAAAUUUAUUUGAUUGUUUACAUUCUCAUUGUUUUCAUAUUCGGCAACUUGUCAAAUGUACACACUGAAUUAUAUUUGCUCGAUGUUUGACUUCAAACCCACAAAUUAUUCUGUUUUGUCAGCGUUGCCAAUAAAAUGGAAACAAUUGAUAACUUUUACAACAACUUGAAAUAUAGCGUCUGUUUGUUUGCGCUACAGAAAGAAGAUCAAACGCGUAAAAACCUAAAAUUAAUCAAAUGUUUGUUACAAUGACUGUAAAUGAAGAUGUGAAAGAAUGUACAAUUGAGUGGGCGUGUGCGUGAAAGAAUUGCUGGAGUGUUGGUGUCGGCUACGGUUACGACGACGGAACUUCCAAUGGAUCUCAGAUUAAUAAAAAUCAAAACAUUUCCGCUAAUCAUCAAUAUCAGGCGAAUCAAACAGUAGUAUCAUGCUUAACAGAAUAUAAACAGAAAUAAUCAAAUGCAGUGCGUAACCGAGAGUAAAUUUGUAAGUUUUUGUUGCAACAAAAAACAACAAAAAAAUCCAAAUCGAACCGCAACUAGCAAAAUUUGACAAAAAUAAGUAGUUCAAAUUUUUCGUCGAGAAUCUUCCGUUUGUUAACCGAAUCAAAAACGCGGAAAUAGUUAAAUCGAAUCUCUAGGUUUGCGAGCUUCGGAGAUCUCAGUUUUUCGCGAGGACAUUUGCUCACACAGACAAAGAGAUGUAACUUCAACUAGGCUUGUUAAAACACACACACACAAAUAGUAUUUAAAAGAGCAGUUGUUUCCAGCCGCAGAAACCCCCAACUUCCUCUCUAGAUUUAAACAGUUCUAACUUAUCUCACUCCCGUAUUCUUCUAUCAUUUUAUUAUGUUUUAUUUUACUAUUUUUUUUGUUAAAAUUUUAUCAACAAUUCUCACUCUGUUUCGUGAAUUGUUUGGGACUCAGGCCAUUUUAUGUGUUAAAAAAACUAGUACCUUAGUCUUAAUUCGCUCUCUUCCUGUCUAUGGGAUCACUCCUCUCUUCCUCUUGUACCAAAAUUGUGUGAUAUAAGCCGUGCUAGCACGAGAGAGCAGAUGCAGGAACCACGCAGAAUAGUAUAUUUAUGAAUGUUCAGUUAGAUUGAUUAAAAAUACCACAAAAAAACUGCAAUAAGUUCUGCGAUAGUUUUUAGGGGACACUUUAUAUUUCAAUUCGUAUUAUAUACAUAGAUUUACCUGUGUAAGCGAUACAUUAUUUAUACACCGUUUAUUUAUUUUUUGUUUAGAAACAAUGACAUACACACUCAUUAAGAUAAGGUAAUCGGCCAUAAUAGGUUGUCACGAUGAUUUUUUACAGCAAAUUAUUAUUAAUAUAUAGCCAUGUACGAACUACUGAUUACUCCGAUUUUUAAAACUUUACGAAACCCCGCUUUUAACAUUAACUAUAAACUCACUUUUCUAACAACUUCGUGAAAGUUUGACUUUUAUUUGCCUACCAGUACAUUUAAAGCGAACUAACGUGUUUAUAAUACAAAGAAUCUAUAAAUUAAACUAACACAAAAAAAAACAAACUAUUAAAAAUGGUUGAAAGUAAUUAUUGAAUAGUUAAGCGAAUCAAAUACGUUAAUCUGAAAACCAGAAACAAAAUACAAAUAUGCCUAACGCGAAUAAUAAAACUGUCGGACAAUGCGUUUUCUAACAGGAAGCAGAUAUUGAAACAUGAUAUAUAUAAAAAAAAACAAAGAGACGCUAGUCAAAUGAUGAGAUAAGGUUACUUUUCUAGUGAAUUGCUACCAAAUAAUAAGC